AUGAAUAAAUCAAAUAAACAUUUUAAUGUAAAAGUGGAACUAACUUUAUAAAUUUAGAAUUAAUUAAAGUUAUUCCAAAAGUUUUUGAUGAUUGAUUCAAACCUUAAACCCUUAACUUACAAUUUGAAGUUCCAUAAUUUAUAGAAUAUUAACUUAAAAAAUAUAAUACUAGUUCUUAUUCCAUUAAUAUCUCUAUCUAAAAUCAUAUUUGUUUAGUAAAAAAUUUAAAUCUUUAAAGAAAGUAUUUUCAUCUCUACAUUUUAGAAUAUUUUAAAAUUAUUGGUUUUACAUAAAAUUAUCUUGAUGUUAGAUUUGUGA